UCACUUUUCCAGCGGACAAUGCUGUUGCCGCAACAUCAGUGACUAUCGUACGCAGGUCGAGCGUGAAAAGUUGGCGCCAUAGGUCUACUUCUAGCAUGGCGACUGCUUUGGAAGAUUCUCCAGCUACCCAGAUUCGCGUCCGACUUACAACACGAGAUGCAAAUCUUGCACUCGAAGAAAUUGCGCCAAUUCUAAUACCUACCUCUUUCCGCCGUUUCACACUCUCUACACUUGUCAACAGUCUUUUGAAGGGCGAUAAACCCAUACCCUUUGAAUUUCUCAUAAAUGGAACAUAUCUACGCACCUCUCUCGACGAGUAUCUUUCCAAUAACGGGAUCUCCACCGAAACAACUCUGACUGUCGAAUAUCUGCGAGCACGAAUCCCACCUCAAUACGUUGCCUCCUUCGAACACGAUGACUGGGUCAGCGAUGUUGAUGUCUUGUCUGGCGACUCUCCGAGAAUCCUUUCGGCUAGCUACGAUGGGCUACUAAGAGUAUGGAACACCUCGUCACAAGUCCUUGUAUCCUCACCCAAUGCGUCAAAAGGUGGUCAUGGAUCAUUCAUAAAAUCUGCAAAAUUCAUUUCGCCGGACAAAGUUGUCUCCGGUGGAUUUGACAGAACGCUGCGGUUGUGGAAGUACAUCGAGCAGCAAGAGGGGGUUUCGGCGACAUUGACACCACAACUGGAGCUCUACGGUCAUAAGUCUUCGGUAGACUCUGUUUGUGCUCAUUCUGCAUCAGGACGAAUCUUGUCUGCUUCUGCUGAUCAUGCGGUCGGACUGUGGUCGACGCGCAAAGGAGAUGCACCUAGUGCACCCGAAAGUCUUGUCCCACGAUCCAGGGCUAAGGAUGGCAAGAGAAGAAGGCUCAACUCCGAUGUGACCUUAUCGCAGAGAGGUCCACUGGCUCUAAUGCAACAACAUACUGGACAGGUUUCCGGCGUUGUGUUCGACAUCAAUGACCCUACAGUGGGCUACUCCACCUCGUGGGACCAAACUGUGCGAACUUGGGAUUUGGUUACUGCGUCGCUUGUGGACACCCGGACGACAUCGACCGCGCUUUUUUGUGUAGAACAUAUGCCUUCUCUCCAGCUCAUUGCUGCAGGUUCUGUCAGUCGUGUUGUCAAGAUGGUGGAUCCACGCGUUUCCGCUGCAUCGGUAAUUGCCAUGACACUGAAAGGCCACAAAAACUCUGUGGUAAGCCUUGCGCGGGACCCUAGUAACGAAUAUACGAUUGUGAGUGGCAGUCAUGAUGGUACCUGUAGAGUUUGGGAUGUUCGAAGCACCCGGCAGGAGAAAGAAGGCGCCGUCGUGUCCAGUCUGUACACGAUACCACGAGCAAACGUCCAAAAUGGUUCCAAUUUAGUGGUUGGAGACGGCGUCAAGGUAUUCGCUGUUUGCUGGGAUAGGGAUGUGGGCAUUCUUAGUGCUGGCGAGGACAAAAUGGUCCAGAUCAACAACAGUGACGGCCAGACUUGAGAAGCUCAAAGAUGCAUGAACACUGAGCAGCCGCAACGAGUUUGAAUAUCUCUGUCUGCGGACCAACUGCACUCCGGGCAAGCCACGGCGCGCGGCUUUCGCCCUUCCCGCGGCAACGCCAUGGCAGAC